AUGGGCAUUUUUAUGACCUCCCUUGGUAAGGAAUACUGGCAGAUCAUCCUGUCCCAAGGCAUAUGCGUUGGCAUUGGCAACGGUCUUCUAUUCUGCCCAACCAUUUCGCUGGUAUCUAAGUACUUUACAACAAAGAAGGCACUGACAAUGGGACUUGCUGCAGCGGGCUCGGCGACAGGUGGGUUGAUAUAUCUAGCCCUAGUGCAGCAGUUGCUUCCCAAAAUCGGCUUUGGUUGGACGAUAAGACUGCCAGGCUUUGUCACUCUGGCUACUGGUGGCCUUGCUGGUGUAUUAUCGAAGUCGCGAGUGACUUCUCGCAAGUCAGGCCCGAGUACAUUCAAAGAAGCCCCUUCCGUGUUCUACUGCAUCGCUAUAUUUCUCAACUUCAUGGGACUUUACUAUGCGUUCUACUACUAA